UGCCUACAAACACAGGUUAUCCUUGUGAAAGAGGCUUUAAAGACUAAAGCCCUCAAAUAAUGAAAAUUAGUCACUCAAUUUAAUUGACGUAUGUUUCUUGUAUCGUAGAGCUUUAACCAAGGUAAGGUCAAAGAUCGAGGCAUGCUCAAUCAUGUUCGUUUAUACGAUCGCCCUUAGCAAUCAAAAUAUUCAGAACCAUAGGAAACUAAUAACAAAAUUUGGGAAAACAUAAACAAGGUUACUGCUUCAUGUCUGAACACAUCGCCAAGUCUCCUCAUUUAUAUCACUUUCCCCUCUAUUUAUGGAAAUGACACUAUAUAGGGUCGCAAAAUAAGUAAAACAUAUAUAGCGGAGGAAGUAGUUGUACAAUGGCGUCUAAAAGUUCUCUUGAAGAUUUUGAAAAGCGACUUGACGAAGUUCUUAAAAAGUGUGACCUACAGUCGAAAUUUUUUACAGGGUGCGACGCUAGAAACCCUUCAUCAGUAGCUCAUUUGAUGGGACCCGAUUUUAGGACGGAAACCGCGGAAAAGGUUUGCGCAGUGACGAAGUCAUUUGAUAGAAAAAACAUCACGAUUUCGAUGGAUGGAAAUCACGGAGAAGAUCCCUCAAAACAAUCGUUACGGUGGUCUUUAAAACAGCCGCAAGAGCGGGGACAACAAUUUCACCUAGCACUUGCGAAACAAAUUAAUGUAAAAAGAACAAUAGAGAGUGUAGAGGGUCAGCUUUUGACAAAGAUGGAAGAGGAAUUUCAUUGCAAAUUUGUCCAAGCGGAAGUUGGAAUCUGUGGUUAUGCUGUUAAAAAAUCGAAAGUAGAUUUAUAUAACGGAAGGAUAGAUGCUGUCGCUUUGCGUCAAAUUCCGGGAGGUGACCCCGAAGUCGUUAUCGUGGAUUGGAAGACGUUUGCUAAAUUUGAUUCACCAACGAAAUGGUGGGACGAAGCGACAUAUUUUAAAAAUCCUCUUUACCAGUGUUUAUUGUAUCGUGAGCUUUUGCAAACUCACUUAAAGGUGAACGACAUAAAUGCUAGCGUUGGCAUCAUGUUGGUCCCACUCCGUCAAGCACGCCCAGGACAAGUUAUGCCAGGCUUAUGCACAAAUUUUCAACAUAUGGAAGAAGAGGGUCUAUUAGAUACCAUUAAAAGUUAUCAAUGGUUUUCCGAGGAAAGUAAAUGUGUUCACACUGUUAUUUUGCCCAAUAAAUUAUUCAACGGAGAGCGCCUGAGUGACACAUAUUUAGAAGAUGGAAUUUUGAAGGAGACAGUUGUGGUUAAAGAUAUCGUAGAUGACAGUGCUACUGUUGGAGACAUGUGUGAAGAACUGGGACUUCUAAGGCUCGAGAUAAAAGAUUCACUAGCUGAGGACGAGGGUUUGUUCCCAUGAGAAGAAAAUGAGAGCUAAAGUGAUGCUAAGAAAAAAGGGCGCUCUAGCCGUUUUAAGGGAAUUUAAAAAGGGAAAAAAAUAAUCCAAUUCUAAUAAUGACAUUAGCUUUUGAUUAACAGUGCUGGUUACGCUGCUUGAUAUAUUUUCAUUUGAACCGAGCAAAAUAAAUAGUUACGUUGCAUAUCAUAAUUUUAAUUAGCGUAAAAUGUCAGUGUUUAAUCAUUUACUCAUUU